AUGGCGAAGAAGAGCAAGCUUCUGGCUGCUCUAGAUACUCACAGAGGGCGAGACUACCAGGUAGAGAAAAGAAAAGCACAAGUGAAAGCCGCCGAGAAACGGAAAAGACAGAAACUAGAGACGGCAAAACAUGGAGACGAUGAGCAGGAGCUGGCCAGUGGUGAGGAGGCUACGGCGGUCGGGAAGGCGAAACAAGAGAAAGGACAACCGCCUCAUAAAGAUGAUUUUGCCCAGUUUGCUGAGGAGGGUAGUGGAGCAGACAACGAAGCGCGCGCAGAUGAUCAGAACGAGACGAACGUCAAUGUAUCCAGUGGUGAUUUCGCUCCCACAAUCCCACAACCACCUCAACCCAUCGACGCCUCGGCCUCGGAAGCAGAGAAUGAGUCCGACGUACCCGUCUCCGACCUCGAAGAUUCUGAUUUAGAAGACACGAUUCCUUACCAAAAGAUGACCAUCAAUAACGGCCCUGCCCUACUCGCCUCGUGCAAGCGCAUCUCUCUCAUAAAAGCUCCCAAAUUUACGCCGUUUCAUUACCAUAACUCCUUGGUCUCAGAUCUUCCGCCCACCUCACAAUCCGUCCCCGACUCCAACGACGACCUCACGCGCGAACUAGAAUUCUACCGCAUUGCCCGCACGGCAGUUAUCGGCGCACGAGACCUCCUUCUCUCCGAGAAAGUCGCCUUCUCCCGUCCGACGGACUAUUUUGCAGAGAUGGUGAAGAGUGAUGAACACAUGGGCCGUGUAAAGCAGAAGAUGUACGAUGAAGCCGCGAACAAGAAAGCAGCAGAGGAGGCGCGCAAAUUGAGGGAUGCGAAGAAGUUCGGGAAGGCGGUCCAGGUUGCAAAAGAACAGGAGAGAGCGAGGGAGAAAAGAAACACAUUGGAGAAGAUCAAGGAGUUGAAGAGAAAACGCAAGGGCGCCGACACCGGCAAAGUGACCGAAGGCAAUCUGGACGACGACCUCUUCCAGAGCAUCGACGUCGAAAAGCCAGCUGGGAAAGAUCGGGCAGGCCGUGAUCGGGGUCUCGGGAGCGGACCCAGUCCAAAGAGACAGAAGCGCGAUCAGAAAUAUGGCUUUGGUGGUAAGAAACGGCAUGCAAAGAGUGGCGACGCGAUCAGCAGCGCAGAUAUGCGUGGGUUUUCGACAGCUAGGAUGAAAGGCAAGGGAGGGAAGGUGAAGGCAAAGAGGCUAGGAAAGAGCAAGAGGAUGGCUGCCCGGUGA